AUGGAUAAUAAUGGAGAUGGAGAGGUUUGCCUCGGCCUCAGCCUCGGUUUGGGUUUACCGGAAAGUUGUUCAAAUAGAGAAGUUUCACAGAACAAGAUAACACGUCUUCUUUUACUUGAUCUCUCCUUCCCAAUUCACCCAAAUAAUCAUGAACUCAACUCAUCCCAAAUGAUCAGAGCUGACGAAGACCACAGCGCUAGCAAAGACGAUGAACAUGAAAUCAGUUAUGGCAGGAAAAAAUUGAGGCUCAAUAGAGAUCAGACCACCUUGCUUGAAGACAGUUUCAGACAGCACACCACCCCCAACACGGGACAAAAACAAGCACUUGCAGGAAAAUUGAAUCUUAAACCUAGACAAGUGGAAGUUUGGUUUCAAAACAGAAGAGCAAGGAGUAAAUUAAAGCAGACAGAGGUAGAGUGUGAGAUUUUGAAGAAAAAGUGUGAGAGAUUAAGCGAUGAGAAUCGGAGAUUGAAGAAGGAGGUGAUGGAGCUACGGUCAUCGCUGAAUUUAGAAAAGCCAUAACCACCAGCGGUGGUGGCGACUAGGUUUUUCCAUCAGAAUGAGAAGGGAAGCGGCUGUUUUGGAGGUGGUCCACGAGCCCUAAACCUAAUGAUCAGCGAAAACGGCACUAAAAAAGAGGGGCAAAAUGAAUGGUAAUUGAUGUUAUACACAUACUCAUAUA